CAGAUAGAUAACAUCACAAGAUAACACAAAACCGUUGAAAACACAAGAGCUUCUUCACUUGCAGUCACGGAGCUUUUUGAAACGGCCAUCAUCAAAUGGCCUCUCUUACACUCAGCGGCUUCAGCAUGACUGUCCGUACAAGGCCAAUCACAAGAACCAAUCACAAACCCUGCAGAAUCUCCUGCGUUAAAUGGGACCCAGAGGGGCUAUAUGGGCCACCACAAACAGGCCAUUUGGCUCGACGGGAGAUCAAUAGAAGGCUCGAGAAAGACGCAGAGUUUCGCGAGGCACUUGAGAUGCAAGCCCGUGAAGAAAAACAGCGUCGCCACGCUCUUCGUCAAUCUAGGGUGAUACCGGACACUUCAGAAAAGCUGAUAGAGUACUUUCUUGAUACUGAAGCUCAAGAGAUUGAGUUUGAGAUUGCUAGACUGAGGCAACGAUUGAACCAUGAAUUUUUCUCGCAGCUACAAUUUGAACUGGGGCAGCUUCGUUUUGCUGUUUCAAAAACUGAGGAGAUGGAAGACAGAUUGAUUGAGUUGGAAGCACUACAGAAAGCUCUGAAGGAAGGAACAGAAGCCUACGAUAAAAUGCAAGGUGAACUUGUAAAAGCAAAGAAAAGCCUGACAAAAAUAUUGACAUCAAAGGAUGUAAAAGCCACUUUGCUGGAAAUGGUUGAGCAGAAUGAACUUAACAGAUCAUUGUUAACGCUUCUUGAUGAAAACAUAGCAAGCGCCAACCAAGGUAAACAGAAAGAAGCAGCAGCUUUCAUGGAAAAGCUGCGUGCAGCUGUUCUCAAGUACAUGACAGUUUAGCACGAAGGUGAUGAAUAAUGUUCCUUACACCAGACUGAAACGGUACUGAAAUUGGAAUUCUUACACAGCUAAAAGCUUCUAUAACAUGAGGUUGGUGUGCUUUGCAAGGGCUACAUUUCUUGUCCAAAACACCAUAACAUGUGAACUGUAUCUCAAUCACAUUCCUUCUAAACAUCAUAAAAGUUUCCUUCAUUGUAUUGAAGCCAAAUGUUGUUCGAGAAAUAUAGUCUUGUGAAAAUGUAUAUCAUUAUAAGCACUUAUAAUAAAUUAAGUUCUAUGCAAUACAGUAUGUUUUGGACC